UCCCGAUGCCCCCCGCGGUUGCAAGCACGCUCCUCAAAGGCAAGGUGUUCUGGGAAGUGUAGGCGAAGACUUAAGCAGCAUGGAGGACGCCACAGACAGCACACAUGGCUGUGGAAAUCCCUCAGAUCCGGAGGGAGACAGAUGCUCAGACAGCGAUUUUGGACCUUCAGUACUCGGAACUAAAGACUAUUGGGAAGAUGCAUACCAAAAAGAACUUGAGACAUUCAAAGACAUCGGGGAUGUUGGUGAGAUAUGGUUUGGUGAGGAAAGCAUGAGCCGCGUGCUGCGAUGGAUGGACAAAGCUAAGAUCUCAGAAAAUGCUGCCAUUCUGGACAUUGGCACGGGAAAUGGAGCCUUUUUAGUUGAAUUGGCUAAACACGGAUACAGGAAUCUGACGGGUAUAGAUUAUUCUGCAGCGUCUAUAGAAUUGGUCAGAAACGUUCUGCAGGCGGAGGACUUAACAGAAGUCACUGUGAAGGAGAUGGAUUUCUUAAACUGUCAAGGGGAGCUAAAGGACUUUGAUGUCUGCAUCGACAAAGGAACGUAUGAUGCCAUAAGUUUAAACCCCCACGACACAGAGAAAGGGAAAAAACUCUACGUCCAGGCUUUAAAAGAUGCUCUUAAGGACAAGGGCUUCUUUGCUAUCACUUCCUGUAACUGGACAAAAGAGCAGCUGCUAGACAGAUUCAGAGAAGGUGAAAGCAAACACAGAUUUGAGUUUGUACAGGCGUUGCCAACACCCAGUUUCCAAUUUGGAGGCAAGACGGGCAACAAUGUCACAGCACUCAUCUUCAAGCGAGUACAUUGAUCCAUAUGUCCUCAGAGGAUAUUUGUCUUUUUUUGUCCCAUCAAUUCUGUAUUUUUUUCUGUUUAUCACAGAAGAUCAUUUUAUCUUUGUACCCUUGUUAAGGCAUUUUUAUACAAGAUUUGAUUAUGUCAGAUUCUUUUUUUUUUUUAACUCUAAUGAUGAAGUAGACAUACAGUACAAUGCAAACUAGUGGGACUUCAGUUUUUGUCUUGGUUCUGUGAUGUUGAUUUUGAUGUCUGUCAAACAUAUUUAUGUGAACAUCCUGUAAUGUUUAUGACACAUUUAGGCUGACGAUUAACACGAUUUAUUGUUUUCAAUUUCAGUUUUAAGGUUGUUUGUAUUAAAAUGUUGCUGCAUGUUUUCUCAUGUAGUAUACCUGAAUAUAGUA